AUGAAAGGUCUGAAAGUGACAGAGGAGAUGAAUGUUGAAACACAGCUUGUGGGGACAUUCUUUUUCUCGCACAAGCACACAAACUGCAGCAUGACUGGUCAUUUCUUUGCGACCCUUGCUUACCAGCUUGCAACCAAUUUUCCCAGCAUCCAGAGGGACAUGAACAGAGCUAUCAGUGAGAAUCCUGCAGUUCUGGACUCCAGCAAGUCUCUUCAAGACCAGAUGAAGGUAUUAUUUCACCAACCUCUCUGGCACCUAGAAUCCAGGCUGUGGGAGUGUGCACCUCCAGUGUUUGUUAUUGACACCCUCAAUGAAUGCAAGCCUGACACUGUCGCUGAUCUGAUCUCUCUCCUUGGCCAAACUCUUCAUGAUCCUGAUCUUCCUGUGAUCCACAUCCUGCUUACAAGUCGCUCAGAAAAGCAUAUCCACAAAGCCAUUCAAAAAGAGGAGAUGCACCUGCUGGUGUACAAGAUACCAGUGAACACUUCUGGGGAGGGAGUUGCUGGCACCAUUUCAUUAGAUGGCAAGGAUGUUGACAAAGAUAUAUAUAUUUUCUUGCAGCAUUCCUUCACAGAGUUGCAAAGUUGCCAUCCCAAUUUCCCACAGCUGUUGAGGGAUCAACUUGCAUGGCUAGCGAGCCGAGCAGGCAGGCAUUUUAUCAUGGCUUCCACAAUGAUCAACUUUAUCAAUGAUAAAGAACAUGAUCCCAACAUUUGCCUUCAGCUUAUGCUCAAGUUAACAAAUAGAUCACUACCUGGAACAGAGGUGUAUAAGUUAUAUGAUUGUAUUCUCUCUACCUGUGCCAAUCCCAAGCAGGCAUACCUCCAUUUGUCUGACAUUGCUGCCCUUGCAGACCCUCUACCAAUUUCACAAAUCUCACAACUUCUUGGCUCUGGUCAGGGUAGGGAUGUUGGGAUGACACUGGUGCAACUAUGA